AUUGAGGUAUGCUUAAUAUUCAUUAAUAUUGCAGGUAGCUUGAUUUGUUUAUGAAUGAAUUUCAGUAUCAAAUAAAAAAUGAUGUUACAUGUCAAAAAUAAACUACAAUAAAACAUAGAGACCAUUUUCGAAAUCAACAAAAUGUGUUGAAAUAUUUAAAUAAAUAAUAGAUACUUUAUUUUUAUUAUUGUUAUUAAAUAUUUUAAUAUCAGUGUUUAUUUAAUUUGAAGAAUUAUUAAAACAUCCUUCUAAGUAUGAAUAUUUAUGCAAUUCGUGCAAUUGGUUUAGCAACUUUUAUGAAAACUGAGAAACCAAUUUUAAAUUUAAAAAGUACAGAAGAUGUCUAUUCGUUAAUCGAUAUUGAUAACACAUCAAAAUUAUGCUUCAAUGAAAGAUUAAGUAUAGUGAACGAAAAAGAAGAAGAAUUAGGUGAAUUUGUUGGUAAAAUACGAAAAAGUGGUUCAAAUACUAAGCCUGAGUCUUUAAUGAUAAUUUUAAACUCAACUAGUAUUCACGAACAUGGUAAAGAAAUUGGAUUCAGUGUAAUAACAACCACCACAACUGAUUUUCUUUCUUACGAAGAAAAAUGGUCACAAUGGACCUCUAACAAAUCUAAUAUGACAUGUAAAACAGUUUUAAUUUCGAAUAAAAACAAUGAUGGAAGUAUACAAAUCUACACGGAUUUAAACAACAGUGAAUUAAUUGAUCAAACUAAAAACAUAAAUUUAAAAUACAUAAAAAAUUUGCUAACCGAAGGUAUGAACUAUGCUUUCCUCCGAUAUCUUGCAAUAAUGGGAUUUGAAGGUACCAUUAAUAAUAAAACAGCUAUCACCAUCAACGGAACAUUGUGUAAAACAAAAUACAUAUGUUCAUUAAAAGACAAUUACAAAAUUAAAAAAAUAGCAAUAUCAGUAGUAAUAAUAAAAAGGGUUAUAAAAUUAGAAAAAUCUUUGAAAACUCCAGUUAUACGAACGAUUACUGUUUUAACCCGUUUGGGUUAUAUAUUACAUCAUUCAUGGGGUAAAACGAUUAAUCAGAAAUUGGUGAUCAAUAAGUCAAUGCAAAUCACCAAAGAUGGUUUUGUUUAUAACGACACUAUGGCACAUCUAAAGAAUAAUAUGGAUCAAGAUAUUCGUUUCAAAUCGAUGUAUCUAAAUAAAAUUUCUGAAAUGAAAAUAAAGUACAAGACUUACAUAAAAAACAACAGGGAUGUGAAUGACAUGACCAUUGACUAUAUAAAAGCUGUGUUAAUAGCCAAGCCAGAUAAUGUGUUACAGUUUUCAAUUGAUUACUUUAAAGAGCUAAAUAAUUUUUAA